GCCUUCGUAAAAUUCUAUUUUGUAAUAUGUAGGUACGUUGAAAUCGUAUACAAACUAACAAAUUAAUCAAAUAAAUAUAGAGAGCAUGAGCCUUGAAUAUCUCGUGAUACUACAUAUACCUGUCUUAUUCACUCACUACAAUAAAUGUAACAAUAAAGUCCAAAAACUCUAUACUAAUUGCACUUUGAAUUAGCGAGAGAUGUCCGACAAAUGCGAUCAUCAUUGGUAUAAUAGGAUCCCUUUUUAGUGUCACUAACUACUGUCGUAACAAAAAUUUCUUUCUCCACACUAUCUAUCUAUAUAUAUAACCAAAAUAUAUACUCAAAGCCCCCACUUUUGGGUUUCUUGCUCUAGGUUUUUCCCUCAUUUUAUAUCCACCUUUUACAUUGGGAUUUUCGCAACCAACUCUUACUUUUUCUCUCUUUUUAUUUUCUCUUUUAACACUCAGACAAUUAAACUCCUAUAUACCCCAACUACUAGUCCCUACUACUUUCAUCUAACCCUUUCCAAAUAUAAGUUUAAACUAGAACUAUUAUUGCUUACACUCUUUUAUUUAUAUUUGAAACCAAGCUGAUCAUUCAUCAUUAACAUUAUUGCUUACACUCUCUAUCUCACUCUCUCUCUCUCUCUCUCUCUCUAUAUAUAUAUAUAUAUACGAAUAAGACAUUAUUCUACUAUAUAUAAAUAUUAUAGUACUUAUGGAUGCCGCCACAGCUGCCGACUCUCCACCAUUAAAGCUCUUCGGGUUCAACAUUUCCGACGACAACCAUAUAAACCUACCAUCAGAUCAUCACGUCGACACAGAUAAUAAUAACAACAAUACUACUAGUCUCCAACCAGUAAACGACGUCGUUGGACAGCAGAAAUACGAAUGCCAGUACUGUUUUCGAGAGUUCGCCAAUUCCCAAGCCUUGGGAGGCCACCAAAACGCACACAAGAAAGAGAGACAGCUUUUGAAGAGAGCUCAAAUGCAUGCCAAUAACAACACUUCCACCGUUGCUGCAGCCGCCGCCAGAAACUAUGCUCUUGCGGCCGCCAUGGCUGCAAAUUAUUCUCAUGCAUCCGGGGGAUUCGUGUCGCCGCCCCAGCCUCAGCAGCCGCCACAUCUUCUGGGCUUGCAAGCACCAGAGUCCUCUUCCUGGUACUACAUGGCUGGGCCGCAAUACUCACCGACGUUGUUGUCGCAGAGUGGUGGCCGUUCGGCCUAUCUUUCGAGGGCAAAUUCCAUGCCGGGAAGGCGCGUCUAUGAAGGAGAGGGCAAUGCUUUCAGAGCUUUGUCGGACGGCGUCGUUUAUGACAAUUAUCGUGUUUUGGAGGAUUUUGAUCAUGAUAGAGAUCUGACUAUGAAUGAUAGUGGGCUAAUUAUUAGUGGUGAUGGUGGUCAUCGUUUGGACAAGGGCUUGGGAUUGGAUUUGCAUCUGGGUCUUGGACCUGCUAACCCUUGAUUUCAAGUAGUAGUGUAGUUGAAAUUAUUACUAGCUGGAUAUGAGGAAGAAUCAUGAUCUAGUGGUAUAAUGCCCUUGUCUUUGUUGAUUAAUUUUAUCUUGAUGAUCAAAAAAAAAAUUAAAGAGCUUCUCUUUUUAAAAUAUCUACAGGCACGAUGUGUAAAUUAUAUGCUCAAUGAUUAUUCUAAAUUUUCAACUUAAUUCAUAAUUAUCUUCCUAAUUAAUUUUU